CAACUAGUUGUCAGCGUUACACAGCGAAUAUUUUCCUGGUCAGUUCAAUAUUAAUAAUUGUUUUGUUGAAAUCAGAAAUUACGUUAUAAAAUGGUAACUCUCGAAGACGUUGAAAUGAAAAAUGCAGACAGUCCUCCAGGAUUAGAAGCUGGUGAUACAAAGAAAGAUACUGAUCUACAAAGUGUAAUAGAAAUUCGUGAACAUGCAAGACAAAUAGAGAAAUCAGUGACAAGUAAAGAAAAUCGUUUCAUCCUAAGAGUUUUACGAUGCCUGCCCAACACUCGAAGAAAACUAAAUGGAUUGGUGUUGAGGAGCCUGAUCACUCAAAUAUAUCCGGUAGCUGAACGUGAUGCCCUUCUUAGUUUCACCGAGGAAGCUUCUGGAGAGCUCGACACUACCCAGUCAAGAGCUAGAUCAGCUAUUAAAUCACCCGUUCCCGAGGUAGAUACGUAUAUAAAUCUCUUAAUCCUUGUGCGUUUAAUUGAUACCAAUAAGCUAGUUGAAGCAGAGCGAUGUUCCCAAGCCCUCAUGAAUAAAAUAACUAAUCAAAACAGACGUACUAUAGAUCAUAUUGCUGCCAAGUGUUAUUUCUAUCAUUCAAGGGUUGCUGAAUUAACCGAUAAAUUGGAUUCAAUAAGAGGAUUUUUACAUUCUCGUCUACGUACUGCUACACUCAGGAAUGAUUUUGAGGGCCAAGCUGUGCUUAUAAAUUGCCUGUUGAGAAAUUAUUUGCAUUAUUCUUUGUAUGAUCAAGCUGAUAAACUAGUGAGUAAAUGUGUAUUUCCUGAAACUGCAAGCAAUAAUGAAUGGGCAAGAUUCUUGUAUUACUUAGGCAGAAUUAAGGCUGCACGAUUAGAAUACAGUGUAGCACAUAAACAUCUCGUGCAGGCCAUGAGAAAAGCACCCCAGAAUGCUGCUAUUGGUUUCAGACAGACUGUUCAAAAGCUAACUGUUGUAGUUGAACUAUUGUUAGGAGAUAUACCAGAAAGACAGGUGUUUAGACAAUCUAGUAUGAGGCACUCCCUUGCUCCAUACUUUCAAUUAACACAAGCAGUUAGAAUGGGAAAUUUGCAAAGAUUUGGUGAGGUGUUAGAGAACUUUGGCCCACAAUUUAGACAAGAUCAUACAUUUACACUAAUUUUGAGACUGCGCCACAAUGUUAUUAAAACAGCUAUAAGAUCUAUAGGAUUAUCAUACUCCAGAAUAUCUCCCCAAGACAUAGCUAAGAAACUAGGGCUGGAUUCAGCUGAAGAUGCAGAAUUUAUAGUAGCAAAAGCAAUCAGAGAUGGGGUCAUAGAAGCCACACUUGAUCCGCAGGGAGGUUUUAUGAGGAGCAAAGAAAGUACUGAUAUCUACUGCACAAAGGAACCUCAACUUGCGUUUCAUCAGAGAAUAUCGUUUUGUUUAGAUUUGCACAAUCAAAGUGUCAAAGCUAUGAGAUAUCCCCCCAAGGCUUAUGGAAAAGAACUUGAAUCAGCAGAAGAGAGAAGGGAAAGGGAACAGCAGGAUCUGGAGUUGGCCAAGGAAAUGGCUGAAGAAGAUGAUGAUGGUUUCCCUUAAGUUGAUGUAGUUAUCAAUAUUAAUUUUAUAACAUUUUUGCUUUUGUAUGGUAUUUAUAGACAGUAGAUUUAUCAAAAUAUACUGAGUAAAACUCUU